AUGGAAGCGAAAAGACAAGUUGCCAGAAUCGAAAAAGUUGCUGGAACUGAUGAUCAAGUAAACCAAAUAAUGAGCUUGAUGAAUAUUGAUGAUAAGGACAAGCGGAUCGUUGUCGUCGUCCACGGAGAAGGUGGGAUUGGCAAGACGACUCUCGCAAAACUCGUAUACAACCAAGUCUCCUGUGAUUUCGAUGGCUGUAGCUUCCUUGCAGAUAUUAAAGAAGCAACUCAAGUAUUAGGAGGGCUUCAGCUUUUGCAAACUAAGCUGAUUUCCGAUGUUCUAAAACGGGAACUUGAGGAUGUUGCGUUUGUCAGCAGGGGAACUGAGUUUUUCAGGGACUCGUUGUGCAACAUGAGAGUUUUCAUUAUCCUUGAUGAUGUGAAAAAUGCGUUUCAUGUCCAGAAACUCAUUGGAGAUUGCUUUGAUCGCUUUGCUUCUGGAAGUAGGAUCCUUGUUACCACCAGAAACAGUGUCGUCCUGGAAGAAUCCCCUCAGAUCCGGACUUAUCAUGUUAGUCGUUUGGAUAAGGAUCAGGCUCUUCAACUCUUAAGGCGGCAUGCAUCUAUCCCAACUUCUUCCUCUCGUAGCAACUUCGAGCUUUGGAAUGAUGCUCUUAAUGCCAUGGCAGGACUCCCAUUGUUAAUUGAAGUUAUGGGUGCAUUCCUCGAUAUUAAAGCGCGGAGGAAAUUGUAUGAAUUACUACGGGAGUUCAUAUUCUGGAAGAGGGAUUUUCAGAUGCAAUUUGGACUCCCCUAG